GAGCCUUCAGCAUUUCAAUCAGUGUGUUCGGUUGGAAGGAGUGGAGAUGUGGAAGUUGCGUGUGUAUGUGAUUUGUAAAUGGAAACUUCGACAGAAUCAUGCAUUGUAAACAUUUUUGUUUAAAACGGACCGAAGGCGAUGAAAACAUCGUGUAUUUAAAGAGUAUACUUCACAAUGUUCAUUGUCGCUCUUAAUCUGGAAGAAAUCCGGUGUGCAACAAGUAAAACAAUAUUUCCUUUCUUUACACUUAAUGUUUGAGAAGGGUAAGAGUUUACACUGAAACCUACAGGAUGGAUGGUAUUGUGGAAUACCUAAAAAGUCCGAGCUUGGUAGCAAAAAUUCAGUUGUAUUUUGGCGUGUUUCCGAAGAAAGUACUCCAUGACAAAUGCGAAUUAAACGGACUGACGAAGUCACUUAGCACCUUGCAAUCAAAAAGUGCAUGUAAUAUUCAUAAUAGAGUGGGAAACCAAUGUUCUGGUGUUGUUAGUAACGGCCGCUCUGAUUCAGAAGGCCUAAUAGGUACAGAAAGUAAACAAGACUGUCCGGAAACAGACGUGGAUGAUGAAACAGUUUCUUCGGAAUCUGAAACCGAAGCUAGUGAUUAUGUCGUUACUAAGUUGUUCUGGCAUUAUUUGUUCAUUGUUGGGACGGCAUUAGGUGACGAAAUAUUUUAUGCCUCCUUUAUUCCCUUUUGGUUUUGGAACAUUGAUGGUGCUGUCGGGAGACGAGUUGUUUUAGUGUGGGCAAUUAUAAUGUAUAUUGGCCAAAGUAUUAAGGAUGUUGUUCGCUGGCCUCGUCCAUCAUACCCGGCCAUCAGAUUGCAAAAAAAGUGGGCACAAGAAUAUGGAAUGCCAUCGACUCACGCAAUGGUUGGUGUUUCCAUACCAUUUUCUGUUAUCCUGUACACAAUGAACCGGUAUCAGUAUUCAGUCACUCUAGGACUCAUAGUUGCUGUCGUCUGGUGUACAGUUAUAUGUGUUAGCCGGCUGUACUUGGGAAUGCACUCCGUUCUAGAUAUUGUUGUCGGUCUUAUGUUAGCCAUAGCCUUGAUGUUUCCCGUAGUUCCCAUUGUGGACACGUUAGACCAUUAUCUUCUUACAAAUAAAUGGUCACCUGGAUUUGUCAUGCUGGUGUCCAUAUUGGUGAUGGUGUUUUAUCCAAGCAGUGACAGAUGGACACCAACUCGUGGUGAUACAACUAUUGUCGUAAGUGUUUCUACUGGAAUUCUGAUUGGAGCAUGGUUAAAUUAUCAGCUUGGCAAUCUGUAUGAAUCAUCUUUGUCACCUCCAUACACCAUCAUUUGGCCUUCGUAUGAGAUGUUGGGAUUGGCAACACUGAGAACUGCUAUUGGGUUUUGUUGCUUGAUAGCUACAAGAGCUGUGGGGAAAUCUGCUUCAUAUGCCACGGUCUGUGCCUUACUUCGCCUCAGUUCUAAAGAAAUCAGAGAAUCGCAGUACAGCAUUGAAAAUAAGCAGAAGAUUAUUGUCGAAAUAAGUUAUAAAUAUAUCACUUACUUUUUGAUGGGAAUUAACACAGCAUAUUUGUUACCAAAUGUUUUUCGCUUGAUAGGAAUAGAAAGGCCAACAUUUUAUACAGAAAUAUAGAUUUUUCAUGUUCCUUUGUGUACAUCACAGAUCUCAAAAAUAAUCUUUUAUGCAUAUGAUAAUGUUUUGUUGUCUCUAUCAUUUCUGUAACAAGAUACAUAAAAUUCAGAUAUAUUUUUAAUCCUCGGAUUCUCUUUGAAUAAUAGUAAUCAUACUUGUUUUUGCCUUAAAAAUUUGCGUAGAAGACUGUAGAAACAAUUUUCUGUGAUUGGCACAGUUAGAUCUUCACCAUGUUUGUGAAAGGCUUUCCUUCUUUUAGUCUUUAUUGGCAGUUAGGAACCGUAAUCCUAGUCAUUAAAUUAUAGACAUAAUGUAGCUCCAAAAAAUUCAAAGUUCUGUUAACAUACUGCCUGUAUCCCUGCUGUUUAAUCAACUGCUUAUUUAUUGGUGCAUUUAUCUGCCAUUGGUAAUGUUUUUUUGAAGCAUGUAUUUACAGAACAAAAAUUGCCUCAGUUCACAAGUAACAAGUUGAUUAUUUGUAUUAAUCUGUAUGAAGGAAUAUUAACAUCUUAUUUGAUGAACAAUGAGUAUUAAAGCUAGGUUAAAUAUUAAAUGUUAUAGACUAUAAUGACAUGAUGAAUCACUGAUUUUGCUUUAUAUGUAGUCCAGUUUUUUUGUAAUUAUUUGCAACCAUUUGACACAGAUGGUGUAUUUAGAUUAAUUUGUCGGAAUCUUGCCUCAGGAGCUAUAGCUGAUUGUUAAAACUGUGAUGCUAAUGCAUUUAAAUAUGUUGUAUAGAUUUUGCUGUAAUGAUUAAGUUAUUUAUUUUUUACCUUGUAAGUUAUUGGUGCAAUGUGAUCUUAUUUAAGGUGCCAACAUGAACAGUGUGGGGGAUGGCUUCUUUUUGUCAGCCUUUUGCUUUUUGACAGCAACCUGUUCAGUUAGUCCAGCUUCUGUCGUAGAUUACAGCUCAUUCUCCAGAGAAGACACCUGUUCCUCUAGUUCAGUUUGUACGACCUGCGAUGCUUCCAAUCCAGAUUUCAGGAGCAUGACCACUUAUCAGGAUCAAAUGAGGAUGUCCGUAUAAAACUGAAUUCUUCUUCUUCUGCAUUUCUUUCAGUGGGGAAUUUUCUGCUAUUAAACAGAGUAACUGCUUUUCUAAUUUAAAAAUGUUUUACUUUAAUGAAAUGUACCAUGGCUUUUUUUUUAAAAAUGUGUAACUGUAACAGGGAAUUCCAAAACACAGCCAGUGACGGUUGCUGUUAUUAUCAUACACAAAGCAUUAUCAGAUAAUACUUCAUACGUCUUUCCAGUUCCAUCAUUUCUGUGAAUGUCUUGUGCACUGUCCUCAGACAUAGUAUUCUCCUGUAGUUUUGUUCAUUUGGUUAGCAGGCCAGACUAUCCACCAGUUUAUCCUAGUUAGACAGGCAGAUGAUUAAGACAUCCCAGUGAAGUCACUUCCAAUUGACUCACAAACAUCUGCCUUGUGACCAAUCUGAUCUGGGUCAACUGCCACAUGAUAUUAUACCUCUUCCAGUGAUUGGUCCCUAUCCCAGGGAGAAGGUACUUGCACAAUAUCUUCAGAACCCAAUUUCUCUUUGUUUUGCAUUUCUUCCCCUUCAAACUAUUUUCUUUGAGAAACACAAUCAGUUUCUCCUUCUGUGACUGAAGAAACAAAACCAAGAUUGGAUGUGCUAUUAAGUGUUGAAAGAACUGAUUCUGAUAGCUUUGCAAAGAAACCAUCUUUUGUCUCUUGUCUCUUACCUUAAGUCCCUCUUUUGAUGCCAAAGUUUCUUGAAACUGAAUACCUUGACUUUCUGCACAUCAGUUGAGUGAAGUUCUAAGCUAAUGCUUAUUUCUGUUACUCAUUUAACCUGAACUGAUUGUUAUCUUUUCCACUAGGAAAAUCUACAUGAUACUGUUCAAUAGCCAUAGGUAACUUUGCUAUAUCACCUUUUGGUAAAUAUCCUUCUUUUAAUCAAAAAAUAUUUUCUUCAUUGUAAUUGUCAGAGUUGCCACUGCAUCUGAAUCAAAUUCUCCAGCAAUGUUUGAGAUAGUAACAUUCUUUGAAUCUUCAGUUCUGUCAACUUCCAGUAGUUCUUAGGAACUUUCUUAUCUUUUAAAAUAUAGAAAAUUUCAUAUAUAAAACUUUUAUUAUAUAUUACUAUAUGUAUCAAUGAAAAAUAUUGUGAAUUAUAUUCAUGGCAUUUGAA